AUGUCAAAUAUAUAUUUAAAAAAUUCCUUAUAUCGAGGGCGGAGCCUGACCGCGACCGAAGAUGGCUGCUUAGUCCGGCAGCUCUCUCUCCCCCGUGACCGCAAUCCGCCACCAUCAGCUACCUCGGCCGGGAAACGACCGGCGAAACAGGCGACCCAGCCCUCACAGACCCAGGCACGCUCUCCCCCAUGCGAGGAGGAAAGAAAAAACAGGAGAAGACCCCCUCAGUGGCAUCCAUAUUCUGCCCGCGGAGCGCGCCAAAUCCGCCAUCUUGCCGCUCAGACAUGGAGGGCUCUGACAAGGAGACUACACACAACAGGUACCUGA